CUUCUUUAUUUCCCUCAAAACGGCGCCAGACUCUUCAGCAUCUCCACGCCGCGCCACUCCCUACUGCCACCAUUGACAGCGGCUCUUUUUCUCUUUUUUGCCUAUCCAGCUUCUGUUCGGAUAUUUCAGGCUUCCAUGGCCAAUAGUGUUGCAGCAGGUACUGAGAUUUCACGUGGCUUUGCAGCGUUUAAUAGUAACUCUCACAACAAACCAAACCCCACCAAAACCCUGUUACAGAAAUGUCAAAUUAAUGGCUUUUCUAGUAGGUUUCCUCUGUUAUCUGUGUCUUCCAACGAAGUGCAGCCCAGAAGAGUUGAAAACAGGGGCUGUAUGUUUGCAGUUUCAAAAGGUGAUUCCGGUGAAAGCUCAGGUGGGUUAACAUAUAAGGAUGCUGGUGUAGAUAUUGAUGCUGGGUCAGAACUUGUCAAGAGAAUUGCGAAGAUGGCUCCUGGGAUUGGAGGCUUUGGUGGUCUUUUCCCUCUUGGGGAUUCUUUCCUUGUUGCUGGCACUGAUGGUGUGGGAACUAAACUUAAGCUGGCAUUUGAAACUGGAAUACACAACACUAUUGGGAUUGAUCUGGUUGCGAUGAGCGUCAAUGACAUUGUUACAUCUGGAGCAAAGCCAUUAUUUUUCCUGGAUUACUUUGCUACAAGCCACCUAGAUGUUGACCUUGCUGAAAAGGUUAUAAAAGGCAUAGUUGAUGGUUGCCAACAAUCUGACUGUGCUCUUUUAGGAGGAGAGACUGCAGAGAUGCCCGAUUUUUACGCAGAGGGAGAGUAUGAUCUCAGUGGUUUUGCAGUUGGCAUUGUUAAAAAGGAUUCUGUUAUUGACGGGAAAAACAUUGUGGCUGGAGACGUGCUCAUUGGCCUGCCAUCUAGCGGAGUCCAUUCAAAUGGUUUCUCUCUGGUCAGAAGGGUUUUAGCUCAAAGUGGCCUUUCACUAAAGGACCAACUUCCUGGUGAAGCAAUCACAUUAGGUGAAGCUUUGAUGGCCCCAACUGUUAUAUAUGUUAAGCAGGUGUUGGCCAUAAUUAGCAAGGGAGGGGUGAAAGGAAUAGCCCACGUCACUGGUGGUGGUUUUACGGACAAUAUACCUCGAGUCUUUCCAGAAGGCCUUGGUGCUGUCAUCUACGACAACUCUUGGGAAAUCCCACCUGUAUUUAGAUGGAUCCAACAGGCUGGAAAAAUCGAAGAUAGUGAGAUGAGGCGAACUUUUAACAUGGGAAUCGGGAUGGUUCUAGUUGUGACCCAGGAGGCUUCCCACAAAAUACUAGAGGGGGCAAAAGGAGCAUAUACAGCAUACCAUAUUGGUGAGGUUGUGAACGGUGAAGGAGUUGCCUAUCGCUAAAAUAUGUAUAAUACAUUUCACAUGCUACUUUAACUUAUUCCUUCCCUUUGUUGUCAAGAUGAGGUACACAAUCGCGGCUUGAUUGUAACAUUUACAUAAUUUGAACCUUCACAGAUGCAAUAGAUUUUGAUACUUAAACUGUUUCAGUUGAAUGGGAACUGAAAAUGCCUUUUCCUGUUAAUAAUUUUGCUCCAGUUGUAAAUCUGAGACAAUGUUAUAGUAUUAUUUACUUACCCACCCAGGUAAGGCACAUAGUCCCAAGAUUUAAACAGAUGAUCACAGGCCAUAGUGGUAGGAUAUUGUGUUAGUCAUCUACAGAUAUUUACAAAAGGGU